GUUAAUUGAAAAAAAAGAGCCAAAUCGUAGAUCGCCAUACGUAGUUAGCUUAAAUGAGAAGAACACGAAAUCGAACAAAAACAGAGUUAAUUGUAAAAUUAGUGAGGAAGAGAGAGCUACCUGAGAGAGAUCCUGUAAUUUUUUUUUUCUUUGCUCUCUUUGGAGAAUGUACAAAAAGUUUGUUGCGCACCCCAAAGUCCCUACAAUGCCAAGGGAGAUGCCAAAGUUGCCUCUGCCAUGAAGCCAAGCUCUUCGACGCCGAUGAUGAUGAUGAUGAAGAACUUGGCUGCCUAGAAGAUCCUAGUCCCUACAACGCCAAGGGAGAUGCUUUGAUCGGCAUGAUGCAUUGGCUUCCUUAUGGGUUUGAUGAGGUUGUGGUUGGCGGUGUUUCAGAGCCGGAGGCAUCUGGAAAGUGUGUUGUGGGGAAGGGUGGCCCUGGGGAUGUGGCCGUUGCUAGGGACAAGGUGGUGACUAGAGGUGAUGUUGUGGAUGCAGACAAGGGCGAGGGGGCGGACUGCCUGGAUGGGAACCAAAGCACUUAGGUUUUUGAGUUUUAUCAAAAUCAAUUACAGAUUUUGUA